CUGUGGCAGCAAGCCUACAAGAAGCUAGCAGAGGAUGACCCAGAUCUCAUCAGAGACCUCGAGACAAUUAUCAAGGAAGAUGCAGAGCUAGACUCAAGCACUGAUAUCAAACUCGAGAUUCAGAAUGUUGUUGCGCAGCAGAAGACGAAGAUGGAAUCAAAGCAGUGGUCGUUCAAUCUACUCGGUGUCAAGGAGGUCAAAGUUCGAGAAACAGUCGACUCUAUUCUGUCUUUGAUAGAUCGAGGUCAAGGAUUGAUUUCGGCGGGUAUGACCUUUGCGCCCCCAUAUAUCUCGAUUCCAUGGACAGCUGUUUCCUCUUUGAUCCCGGUAAGAAUAAGUUUUUGGCGAGGAAAUCUAUGGGAGAAGCUGACGAUUCUAAGUUGA